CAAAAAAAAAAAAAGACACGGGCGUCGUGCCCCCUCGCCGCCCCCCACUUCGCGCCCUCUUCCUCCUGCUGCUGUUUUCCAUUUCCUCCCCGUGCCAUGUCAAACUCACAGCGAGGCACAAGUACCCGCCCUCCGCCCAAUCAUUGCCCCUCCACCCAUCGAACUGCGAGCCUCUGGUCCCCCGCCCGGCUCUUGUCCUUCUGCUGAGCUCCUGGAUCUCCCCUUUUGUUCGCUUCUGUCCGUUCAUACUUCCCCUCAGGUACUCCUCGAUCUUUUACCCUUUCUCGCCCAUCUAUCCGAGAGAUCACGCGUUUCCAUGUGCAACCCCUGCCCUUUUGUUGCCCCCCUGCCCCUCUUCUGCGUUCUCACUCCUUCCCCAGAGCUACCUCGAUCACGAUCCCCCCAAAACUUGGUUAGUUAAUCUGGUCCCAAUCCCCUGUUGCUCUGGGCAAUUUGGGUUCUUGCACUUGCGUUUGCUCUGCUCCUCUCUCUGACUGUUUCGUCCACCUGCCGCACAGGCCGGCCGGACGAGGUCCAUCCAUCGUCGCUUGCUGUUCCAUUGAACAAUUCUCCUCCUCCUUCUUCUUGCCGCCGCUUCGUCGCUAUCCUUGACGCGUAGUAGCUGCUGCCGCUGGCCUUACCCAAAGGCGUCGGGUCUCUGCAUUGCAAGUUCAAGUUCGGGACAGCUUCAUCGCUCUUUGCCUCCCGUUGACUCCGAUAACUCGGAUUCGAUCUCCGCUUUCCGUGGUUUCCCGCGGCUUUGCUGAUCUGCUGCCCAAAAAAGGGGGCCAUUUGCCCAUUUCCUUAUGUCGGAGGAGGAGGCGUGUAUAUCCACGACGUGACGUGAUCUAAGCCAGCGCGGAGGAGUUGGGAGCUGUUCCUUGGAUCCGAUCCCGGCGAGGCGCCCGGUGAAGAUUCGGCGGCGGUCGGCCCGCCCGCCGCGAUGGGGAACACGUGCGUCGGCCCCAGCAUCACCAAGAAUGGCUUCUUCCAGUCCAUGUCCACCGUGCUGUGGAAGGCGCCGCAGGACGGCGACGCGCUGCCCGCCGCCGCCAAUGGCCCCGGCGGCGGCAGCCCGGGACGGUCGCCGCCGGCGGCGCUGCCGAAGCCGGCGUCCGACGUGCAGGUCGCGGUGCAGAGCAAGGCGCCUGAGCCCGUCAAGAUGGCCACCUCCCAGUCGGAGCCGGCGCCCAAGCCCGCCCAGCAGCAGCAGGACGCCAAGCCGGGCGCCGCCGCCGCCGCUGCCGCUGCCGCCAAGCCCAGCUCCAACUCGUCCGGCGAGGCGCCCAGGCCGCGUCCCAAGGUUCCGCAGGUGAAGCGCGUGUCCAGCGCCGGGCUACUCGUCGGCUCCGUGCUCAAGCGCAAGACGGAGAACCUCAAGGACAAGUACAGCCUGGGGCGUCGGCUCGGGCAGGGCCAGUUCGGCACCACGUACCUCUGCGUGGAGCGGAGCACGGGGAAGGAGUUCGCGUGCAAGUCCAUCCUCAAGCGGAAGCUCGUCACCGACGACGACGUCGAGGACGUGCGACGGGAGAUCCAGAUAAUGUACCACCUCGCCGGGCACCCCAACGUGAUCUCCAUCCGUGGCGCCUACGAGGACGCUGUCGCCGUGCACCUCGUCAUGGAGCUCUGCGCCGGCGGCGAGCUCUUCGACCGGAUCGUGCAGAGGGGGCACUACACCGAGAGGAAGGCCGCCGAGCUCGCCAGGGUCAUCGUCGGCGUCGUCGAGGUGUGCCACUCCAUGGGCGUCAUGCAUCGGGAUCUCAAGCCGGAGAACUUCCUCUUCGUUGACCAGAAGGAGGAGGCCGCCCUCAAGACUAUUGACUUUGGUCUCUCCAUUUUCUUCCGGCCUGGUCAAAUAUUCACUGAUGUUGUCGGUAGCCCUUACUACGUCGCACCAGAGGUCCUCAAGAAGAAAUAUGGUCCCGAGGCAGAUGUUUGGAGUGCUGGUGUAAUCAUUUACAUCUUGCUUUGUGGUGUGCCACCAUUCUGGGCAGAGAACGAGCAAGGUAUAUUUGAAGAGGUUUUACAUGGGAAACUUGAUUUUGAGUCAGAGCCGUGGCCUAGCAUCUCUGAAGGCGCCAAAGAUCUUGUGAGACGGAUGCUUAUUAGAGACCCAAAGAAGAGAUUGACUGCCCAUGAAGUUCUACGGCAUCCAUGGGUCCAGGUUGGUGGUCUGGCUCCUGAUAAGCCGUUGGAUUCUGCUGUUCUAUCCCGUAUGAAACAAUUCUCAGCCAUGAAUAAGCUGAAAAAGAUGGCUCUUAGGGUCAUUGCCGAGAACCUAUCCGAGGACGAGAUUGCCGGCCUGAAAGAAAUGUUCAAAAUGAUAGACGCGGACAACAGCGGGCAAAUCACCUUCGAAGAGCUGAAGGUCGGCUUGAAAAAGGUUGGCGCCAACCUCCAAGAGUCCGAGAUCUACGCCCUGAUGCAAGCAGCGGACGUGGAUAACAGCGGCACGAUCGACUACGGCGAGUUCAUAGCCGCGACGCUGCACCUGAACAAGGUGGAGCGGGAGGACCACCUGUUCGCGGCGUUCCAGUACUUCGACAAGGACGGCAGCGGGUACAUCACCGCCGACGAGCUGCAGCUGGCCUGCGAGGAGUUCGGGCUGGGCGACGUCAAGCUCGAGGACAUGAUCGGGGAGGUCGACCAGGACAACGACGGGCGCAUCGAUUACAACGAGUUCGUGGCGAUGAUGCAGAAGCCCACGCUGGGGCUCCCCAAGAAGACCGGCGGCCUGCAGAACAGCUUCAGCAUCGGCUUCAGGGAGGCGUUGAGGAUGAGCUAGAUACAAUAUAGCGCCUGUUUGUACGUGCUCCGGAGAGAGUUAUACUGCCUGUAGAUGGAGUGAGCGAGUACAGUUUCUGUAGAGACGGGUGAUGGUAACAGAUAACUGGUAAGGCGAUUGGUUUCGUAGGACUGAAUGAAAACGACUCGAGGAUGAAGCGGCGACGGCUCGAGGUGUGUACGUAGGCAGACAGAGGCAGGCCACUCCUGAAUCGGGUUCGAUUGUUUUGGUUACGCGUGAAGUACAGACGGUUUUGUUUGAUCCUGUAUACA